ACAAACUAACCCGCUGUACUCAGAACUUCCGGCGCUUGUUUGGCUUGCACUUCAAAAUGAUUUCAAUCGGUGUGUAGGGUUUUGUUUUAGCGCUUAAAUGGCGGGUUUAUUAAAUGUAGAAUCACACGGUGGAACAAAAGGAGUCUUCUAGACGCUAGAGGAUUUAUUUCUGCCCUCUGUUCUGGACUAUGUUCAAGAAGAUGACUGAAUUUGGUCCAGAUUCCGGGGGGCGCGUUAAGGGAGUGACUAUUGUGAAGCCUAUUGUGUUUGGAAAUGUUGCCCGAUACUUUGGGAAGAAGAGAGAGGAGGAUGGACACACACAUCAGUGGUCUGUUUACGUGAAGCCUUACAGAAACGAGGAUAUGUCUGCAUAUGUGAAGAAGAUCCAGUUCAAACUGCAUGAGAGCUACGGUAACCCUCUGAGAGUCGUCACUAAGCCUCCAUAUGAGAUCACAGAAACCGGCUGGGGGGAGUUUGAGAUCAUCAUCAAGAUCUUCUUCAUUGAUCCCAAUGAGAGACCUGUGACUCUGUAUCAUCUGUUGAAGCUGUUCCAGUCAGAUUCCAGCGCCAUGCCCAAGAAGACAGUCGUCUCCGAAUUCUAUGAUGAAAUGAUCUUUCAGGAUCCUACAGCCAUGAUGCAGCAGCUCCUGACCACAUCACGACAGCUAACGCUGGGAGCGUACAAGCACGAGACGGAGUUCAGUGAGCUGGAGCAAAGGACCAAGGAGAAGAUGGAAGCUGCGAAGAAGAGAACCAGCCAGGAGAUCACAGAGCUGAAAGACAAGCUAAAGGCCAGCAGAGAAAACAUCAACCACCUGAAGGCCGAGAUCAGGAAACUGGAGGAGGACGGAGACCACAAAGAGCACUGAUGGAAACAUGAACGCACACGUUGAUCAUCCAGAGAGGCACCGUUUGCUUUUUCUGUGCUCCUUUUCUCAGCCCUGAAUCAAACAAUGCAUUGUUGUGUUUUCUUCUGUGAUAUUUUUUAUUUUUUUUGCAUAUUCCAGAGUGGGUUUAAAUUUGAUGUUUAGUAUAGUACCUUUCAAGAAGACAAUUUAGAAAUCUAGUCGGUCACAUCAAACCUGUCAAACAUACAGAUGCUGAACCGCAGCACAAAAGAAGAGAAUUGCUGAGCUUUUCUUGCUUGUUGCUGAAUCAGUAGUUCUGCUGUUGGGCCUUUAAGCGUGUGUCACUGGUAUUGAUCAACCCAUUGCUGGAUCAGCUGGCUAUGAGGUAGAGCGACAGAAAAACAAAAAGAAAUGUGCCAUCAUUUCCUGAUUUGUUGAUGUAGCCUUUAUUAAUCAUACAAGCCUAGUUUCAAAAAAAGUUUUCCUUUUCUGUCUGAACUGGUACAAACAUUUCUCCAUGGAAAUGUAUGCAGCAUCGCUGAUUACUUAGUGUUCAGGGUGAAUUGCUCAUCUGUCUGUUUUGUUUUGUUUUUACUGAUGAUACAGUUUUUUAUAUAAAGUAAAUGUGUUUGAA